GAUACGUUUUCACUACCGGAAUACCUCUAUUUCUCAAUUGUUACCAUAAUAACUUGCGUGCCGCUUAGUCGCACAACCUUUUAUAAGGCUAAAAUGAAAUCACAUCUCAUAAUAAGGAGCUUGUAUACAGCACAAUGGGGACUUUUGGCUCGUGUACCACGCCGUGCCAAUCCCGGCAUGGCAUAUCAAUUGCAAGAUUUGCAACAACAGGCAGCGGAUGCGAGGGAGGAUUAUGCCGACAAUGAAGCGGAUUUUAUGUCUGCACAUAAAGCACAUCGCCAAUACGAGGUGCAAUUGCAGCAACAAAGGGAUCGUGUUCGCCAGUUUAUGAUUAAGCAUAAAUAUUUUCGUGAUGCUAAGUUACCAAAUUUUUUGCUGUACGCAGAAAAAGAGCAAAUGCGUGUGCUGCACGAGCGCGAUGCAGACGAAUGGAGUGUUGAUCGACUCGCCGAGAGCUUUCCAGCUACUCCGGGCAUUGUGCAAAAAGUGUUGCGAUCCAAAUGGCGGCCACAGAGUGUGGAACGCAUACGUUCCCAUGAUGCCGGCGUCAUGAACAAUUGGUCCCGAUUGCGUGCUGGCAAAUGCGCCGAAGUGCCAACUGAAUUCCUGCAGCAUCUGCAAAAGUUUGCCGAGCGCCAGCGACAAGAUCUCCAGCAGUUGUCUCCAGAGCAGUGGCCAACGCGGCCGGAGCUGCCGGUACCCCAAAAAACAGAAUUUCGCGCAUUGCUCGGAAGUAAAUCCAACAAGCAGCUGAUAACCAAGGAGCUUAGCCAGCGAGCAGAGACUAGGAUAAUAAGUCCCUCGGAGGCCGAGGAGGAAACUUAUUUGUUGGACAAAGUAAAAAACAAGCGUAAUAUGCGUUUUCAGGAUCUAAGAAAGGCACAGCUACUACCCCAACAGGAGCAAAAGCAGCAUCUGAUGGAGCGAACGUUGCCAAAUCCCAGUGGAACGGGUGUCUUACCCAAUUUCGUGCAGAAAUUUGAACGCAGUGAAAUUGUGGUUAGUGUUGAGGAUCAACGUAAAUAUGAGAUAAGCAAAGUGAAGGAUUGCAUAGUUAUACCACGCAAAUUAUAUCGAAAAGGAGCCACAUAUCGCGUAGAAGAUGUAUAUUACGAUGAUGAUGGGGAGUUCCUAUAUAGAGUGCCCGGCAUGACGGGCGGAAGCCGAUAAAUUA